AUGGUAAGUCACAUUCUCACGGUGAGAGCGGGAAAAGUGUUAACUAAACUGGACAGCACACCUCCACGACAAAAAGGUGUAAAAAAUGUCCAUCAAGGCUGUUCAGAUAUUGAACUUUUCUCGCCUUCUGGAGUGUACCGAAUCGCCCUUACGUCCGGGGAGAGCUUCGAAGUGUACAGUGACAUGGAGACGUUCGGCGGGCCAUGGACAGUCAUUCAGAACCGGUAUGACGGCAGUGAGGACUUCAAGAGAAAAUGGGCCAAUUAUAAGAAGGGUUUUGGAGAUUUGAACGGCGAGUUCUGGAUAGGUAAUGACGCCAUACAUGCCCUGACACAGACUGGAAGUGUUCUAAGAAUAGAAUUAGAGACAUUCACCAACAUCACUGCUUUCGCCGAGUACUCCGACUUCAAAAUUGCUGGUGAGAGUGACAGCUACAGACUGUCUGUUACUGGAUUCUCUGGAAACGUUUCGCAUGACGCAAUGGAAUAUCAUAAUGGGGAGUGGUUCUCUACGACAGACGAGGGGAGAUCGGCACACUGUGCCAGUUCCUCGCUCGGAGCGUGGUGGUACUCGUCUUAUCAUCAUACCAAUUUGAAUGGAAAUUACACCACCGAAUAUUGGAACACUGGAUCUGAAAGUCAUGUUUCUUGGAAGGGUUUCCCUGAAUCUGAAGUCUCAGUUCCACUGAAAAAGACCCGCAUGAUGAUACGUCCGACACAUGGUGAAAUGCCCGAAGAUGUUGAAGGAAUCAAGCAAUGGUUUCCAUAUGACUGUUAG